UCCACCUUCCACCUCCAUCUCACAUCUCAGAAAAUGGCUUCAGCUCUGCGAUUGACUGGCGCCUUCCGCGCUGCCGCUCCUCUGCGGACCACUGCCUUCAAUGGCCUCCGCUUCUACUCCAGCAAGACCACUUCGCUGAAGGAGACCUUCGCCAACAAGCUCCCUGGCGAGAUUGAGAAGAUCAAGAAGCUCCGCAAGGAGCACGGCAACAAGGUCAUCGGCGAGGUCACCCUCGACCAGGUCUACGGUGGUGCCCGUGGCAUCAAGUCCCUCGUGUGGGAGGGCUCUGUCCUCGACUCCGAGGAGGGUAUCCGUUUCCGCGGCAAGACCAUCCCCGAAUGCCAGCAGCUCCUCCCCAAGGCCCCCGGUGGCCAGGAGCCUCUCCCAGAAGGUCUUUUCUGGCUCUUGUUGACCGGCGAGGUUCCUUCCGAGCAGCAGGUCCGCGACCUGUCCGCCGAGUGGGCCGCCCGCUCCGACAUCCCCAAGUUCGUUGAGGAGCUCAUCGACCGCUGCCCGAGCGAUCUCCACCCAAUGGCUCAGUUCUCCAUCGCCGUCACUGCUCUCGAGCACGAGUCCAACUUCGCCAAGGCCUAUGCUAAGGGCAUGAAGAAGAGCGAGUACUGGGAGCACACCUUUGAGGACGCCAUGGAUCUCAUUGCCAAGCUUCCCACCAUCGCCGCGAAGAUCUACCGCAACGUCUACAAGGACGGCAAGGUCGCACCCAUCCAGAAGGACAAGGACUACUCGUUCAACUUGGCCAACCAGCUCGGUUUCUCCGAGAACAAGGACUUCGUUGAGCUGAUGCGUCUGUACCUCACCAUCCACACCGACCACGAGGGUGGAAACGUCAGCGCCCACACCACCCACUUGGUCGGCAGCGCGCUCAGCUCGCCUUACCUCUCUCUCGCUGCUGGUCUGAACGGUCUUGCUGGUCCUCUCCACGGACUGGCCAACCAGGAAGUCCUCGUCUGGCUCCAGAAGAUGAAGAAGGCUGUUGGCAACGACCUCAGCGACCAGGCCAUCAAGGAUUACCUGUGGUCUACCCUCAAGGCCGGCCAAGUCGUUCCUGGAUACGGCCACGCCGUCCUCCGCAAGACCGACCCCCGCUACGUUUCCCAGCGCGAGUUUGCCCAGAAGCACCUGCCCGAUGACCCCAUGUUCAAGCUCGUCAGCCAGGUCUACAAGAUCGCCCCCGGUGUUCUCACUGAGCACGGAAAGACCAAGAACCCAUACCCCAACGUCGAUGCCCACUCCGGUGUCCUCCUCCAGUACUACGGCCUCACCGAGCAGAACUACUACACCGUUCUUUUCGGUGUAUCGCGUGCGCUCGGUGUCCUUCCUCAACUCAUCAUCGACCGUGCCGUCGGCGCACCCAUCGAGAGGCCCAAGUCCUUCAGCACCGAGGCCUACGCCAAGCUUGUUGGCGCUACUUUGUAGAUUUCUCCAUGAAACUUGGAGAGACUCUGCAGGGCGGUGCUUUGGGCUUGAGAAUGAAAGGAUUUUGUGUAACAUUUAGAGCGGGAAUGUAGAGAUAGGAAAAUGGGUGCGUCCGGUGUUAAACCAACAUCGGGCUUUUGAAUGUCUCUGCUGUAGUACUACCGACUUGCUACAAUAUCAUGUCUGAACGUCCGAUAUACCAACAAUCACAACUCUUUUUACGCA